CAGAGAGCUGCCAACCGGAGCUGGCCCUGUUUCCUGGGUUCCCAGGAUGCUGGCUUCUCCCCUCCCUGACUUCCUUUCUCACCUUAGGGCCCUAAAUGAGUGCGCCAUCCCUCCCGUCCCAUCGUCCUCAGGCGCGUUGGGACUCGUAGAACCAUCUACCAAGCAGAGGAGGAAAAUAACAACAGAAUAACUGUCACAGGCUGCGAAAACAGGCUUUGAUCCGAAGUGGGCGAAUAAUUUAUUGAGAAAGUUUGCAUGGUAGGGGAAAAAGGAUGUUUGUUUGAUCUGGAGCCCUCUCUGUUGUCCCGAGUGGUGUUGGCUGUUGUUUUGAGUGGAAAAGCAUUUGGUUCCAGGGCAAAUGCUCCUCAGAGGGAAGUCCUCACCUCGGGCCGCAGGACUUACAAUGAGUGUUGGUUUUGAAACUAGUCAAGGGUCUCCCCAGCACUUUUGGAGAUGAAGUGUUUAAGGACAGAGUUGUUUGGGUUGUGGAGGAAGCAAAUGUUUGCAGGAUGUUUUCCCGUCCAACACACUUUUCCUUUCCUUGCGGAACAGCCAUUCCCCAGGCCCCAGGCGCACCUUGAAGUCUUGAAGUUAGGGCUUUGACCAAAGUUUCAGUUAAUGGGGGUAUUUUCUACUCUUUGUUUCUGACCCAGGCCAGAGAUUUUCAGACCAGACCCUUUACAGCAUCUGCUGCAGGCUGUCUGGGGACCUCAGGGUUCUUUAGGCUCUCCUGAGGGAGACCAGGUUAGAGUUACAGGCACAACACCCCGGCCUUGCUGUGUCCCCCACCAUGUAGUGCCAAAGCUUCCAAUUGCAAGGCCCAGCUCAAAGUUUAGCAGCCCGUAUAAGUUGGUCUUAAGGCCUGCAGACAGUAGCUUCUGGAAUUAGGAGCUACCUUGCUGCACCCUGGAAAUUGUGGGCCUGUAUAUAUGCUUUAGCUCUUUAAGGGUGAAGCCUCAGAGGGCCUCGGUUUGACUCCUAGCGGUUCAGUUAACCAUCUGUGCUACAGCUCCGGCCUCAAUUUCUUCACUUCCAAGGGGAUUAAUGACGUUCCCUACCGCAUGACUAGGCCAGAGAGCCAGCUCCUUUCUCUGAAGAAGAGAUCAGAUGCCAGCGGACCGCCAGACCUGGGAGUGAGCUGGCCGGGUUUGCCCUUUCGAGGGGAAGAGGAGGGAAGUACUAAAGGACAGUAGGCAGAGCCCUUCCACUCCCUCAGAUCCCCUUGGUGUAUCCCCAGCACUGGGGCAGAGGGAAGGCCUGGGCGGCCUGUUCCUGGAGAGCUGGGAUGCUUGGAAUUGCAGGUGGGCGGUGAUGGGUGGGGGUUCAGCUCCUGAGGCUUGGAGGAGCAGGUCUGCAGAGGAGAGUGAGAAACCCUGGCACCAGCCCUCCCUUCACCCCAUGUGCACAAAAUCAUUUUUGUAACUGCAGUUACUGUCCCUGAGAAGGCAUUAAAGUUAAUGAGAGAUAGGAAAGAGUGGGGCUCCGACCCCCAUUUCCAGCGGUUUAAAAGUGCACAGCUCUUGUUUUCUGAGUGUCUGGCCUUCCCGACGCAAGGAGGCUCUGAGGACAGGUUUUCCAGCCGAAAUAUCAUUAAAUUGUAUUAGCAUCUUAUUACACACACGCCUUAGCGGUCUGCCUCAGACAGGGAGAGUUUUUGUUUCUCUUUGAAAGAUUGUGUCUGGAAUGGUAAAUCGCCUGCUUGAAAGCCCCUUUCCCCCUUUUUUGCUGUGUGUGGCGGUGCACAGGGCAGGCCUGGUGGCCCCUGGAGAGGAGAGGCUAGAGGCCAGGUUCGGGUGUUUAUCUGCCCAGGGGCGGCGGCAGUAGCAGCCCUGAAAGGCCCACUGUUCACAGGGUCAGCUGGAAGGGCGCUAAUGGAGGCCCAGGGUGUUUGUUUGAGUUUAUUUGAAGAGAGAUCUUUAAAGGAGGCUGGCAUUGGGCAGUGGUGUUCCAAAGCCAGACCCGAGGCCCCCGCUAAGACCUGUGGCCAAGGCUGCCAAGAAAACAUCUGCCACCAAAUUGCUGCCCUAUUACUGAGUUGACAUUGAUUCCUAGCCAGGAGCCCCACCAAAUAAAGCCUCACGGAAAAUGUGUGAGGUCAACAUAGGGAAGGCGGGCUGUGAAAACAGGACCAAAUCUUGGGCUGGGGUAUCUGCUCCUGCACAUGCGGGCAGGCCAGCUGGGCUGUGUGGUCUCAGCAUACACUCAGCACGCCACUGUCCUGGGUACAGGGUAGGGGCAGCUGGGGCAGAGAUCUGGAGAAGGCUGUUCAACAAGUGGCCCAACAGACUGCUGUGACGGACGUGCUGCAGACUUUGAGUAUCGUGGUGGCGAAUUCUUUACGUAGGUCGAUGAGCAGAGACUGACACAGGCAACAUUUAAGCCUAAACCUGAAGGAUGAAAAGUCCAAUGUGCAUAGGCCGGGAAGAACAACGGUGUGGGCAGAGGGUCUCGAAGCAUGGAGUCUUCGGCUUGUUUGAGGAAAUGAAAAGAGGCCAGCGUGGCUGGAGAGUGAUGGAAGAGAAGAGGCGAAAAUACUCUAUCAGCAGCGACAACUCGGACACCAGUGACAGUCACGCCACAUCCACUUCCGCUUCAAGAUGUUCCAAACUGCCCAGCAGCACCAAGUCGGGCUGGCCCCGGCAGAACGAAAAGAAGCCGUCAGAGGUUUUCCGAACAGACUUGAUCACAGCCAUGAAGAUCCCGGAUUCCUACCAGCUCAGCCCAGAUGACUACUACGUCCUGGCAGACCCGUGGCGGCAGGAAUGGGAGAAAGGUGUGCAGGUGCCCGCAGGAGCAGAGGCCAUCCCGGAGCCUGUGGUGAGGAUCCUCCCACCACUGGAAGGCCCCCCUGCGCAGGUGUCCCCAGACAACUCCGCCCUCAGUGAAGCCUCCCAGCCCAUGUGGCCUGGGGGCAGCCGCUAUGACCUGGACGAAAUUGACGCCUACUGGCUAGAGCUCAUCAACUCCGAGCUCAAGGAGAUGGAGAGGCCCGGGCUGGACGAGCUGACGCUAGAGCGUGUGCUGGAGGAACUGGAAACUUUGUGCCACCAGAAUAUGGCACGGGCCAUCGAGACACAGGAGGGGCUUGGCAUCGAGUAUGACGAGGAUGUUGUCUGUGACGUGUGCCGGUCCCCCGAGGGGGAGGACGGCAACGAGAUGGUUUUCUGUGACAAGUGCAAUGUCUGUGUACACCAGGCCUGCUACGGGAUCCUUAAGGUGCCCACGGGCAGCUGGCUAUGCCGGACAUGUGCCCUGGGAGUCCAGCCAAAGUGCCUGCUCUGCCCUAAGCGAGGAGGAGCCUUGAAGCCCACCAGAAGUGGGACCAAGUGGGUGCAUGUCAGCUGCGCCCUGUGGAUUCCUGAGGUCAGCAUUGGAUGCCCCGAGAAGAUGGAGCCCGUCACCAAGAUCUCCAGUAUCCCAGCCAGCCGCUGGGCGCUGUCCUGCAGCCUGUGCAAGGAGUGCACGGGCACCUGCAUCCAGGAACAGAGAUGCAAGCACUCAGCGGCUCCGCCUAUUUAUGAGAUCUUCAGAUGGGCUUUGAGCCCAGCAUCGCUGGUGCCUGCACAGUGGCUGGGUGCAUUAUUGCUGAAACUAUGUCAGUGUUCCAUGCCUUCCUGCGUCACAGCAUUCCACGUCACAUGCGCCUUUGACCAUGGCCUGGAAAUGCGGACUAUACUAGCAGACAACGACGAGGUCAAGUUCAAGUCCUUCUGCCAGGAGCACAGUGAUGGCCCGAGAAGCCAGCCCCCCUCCGAGCCAGUGGAGUCCAGCCAGGCCGGCGAAGACCUGGAAAAGGUGACUUUGCGCAAACAGCGGCUGCAGCAGCUGGAAGAAGACUUCUACGAGCUGGUGGAGCCCGCCGAGGUUGCUGAGCGGCUGGAGCUGGCUGAGGCACUGGUCGACUUCAUCUACCAGUACUGGAAGCUGAAGAGGAAGGCCAAUGCCAACCAGCCACUGCUGACACCCAAGACAGACGAGGUGGACAACCUUGCCCAGCAGGAGCAGGACGUCCUCUACCGCCGCCUGAAGCUCUUCACACACCUGCGGCAGGACCUGGAGAGGGUUAGGAAUCUGUGCUACAUGGUGACGAGGCGUGAGCGAACCAAGCACGCCAUCUGCAAGCUCCAGGAGCAGAUCUUCCACCUGCAGAUGAAGCUUAUCGAGCAGGACCUGUGUCGAGAGCAAGCCGGGAGGAGAGCCAAGGGCAAGAAGAGCGACUCCAAGAGGAAAGGCCGGGAGGGUCCCAAGGGCAGCAGCCCGGAGAAGAAAGAGAAAGUGAAGGCCGGGCCCGACUCGGUCCUGGGGCAGCUGGUGUCAAGACGGGAACAACCUGGAUGUCUAAAAAGAGGCCCUGAGCCGGGUGUGGUGACACACACCUGUAAUCCCAGCACUCUGGAGGCUGAGGCAGGAGGAUCACCUCCAGUGAGAGGCCAGCCUGGGCUACAUAGCCUGAGCACCUCGUUCCCCAUCGACGGCACCUUCUUCAAUAGCUGGCUGGCGCAGUCGGUGCAGAUCACGGCAGAGGACAUGGCCAUGAGCGAGUGGUCGCUGAACAACGGACACCGCGAGGACCCCGCGCCAGGCCUGCUGUCGGAGGAGCUGCUGCAGGACGAGGAGACGCUGCUCAGCUUCAUGCGGGAUCCCUCGCUGCGAGCCGGCGACCCGGCCAGGAAGGCCCGGGGCCGCAGCCGCCUGCCUGCCAAGAAGAAGCCCCCGCCCCUGCAGGAUGGACCUGGCUCUCGGACGACUCCAGAAAAGGCCCCCAGGAAGCCCUGGGGCCUGGAUGUAGGCAGCGGCAAAGCGGGGCAAGGGCCACCUGCCAGGAAGCCACCUCGGCGGACGUCUGCUCACUUGCCGUCCAGCCCUGCAGCUGGGGAUUGUCCCAUUCCUGCAGCCCCAGAAAGCCCCCCGCCACUGGCCCCCGAGACCCUGGACGAGGCAGCCCUAGUAGCUGCUGACUCGAAUGUCCAAGUGCCUGGCCCUAUGGUGAGCCCCAAGCCCUUGGGCCGGCUCCGGCCACCCCGUGAGAGCAAGGUCACCCGGAGAUCGCCGGGUGCCAGGCCCGAUGCAGGGACAGGACCGCCUGCUCCCGUGGCCGAGAGGCCACAGGUCGGCCUGCACUUUGACGCGGAGGCUGAUGGCUACUUCUCUGACGGGGAGUUGAGCGACUCGGAGGCAGAGGCAGAGGACGGCGGGGUGCAGCGGGGGUCCCGGGAGGCGGGGGCUGAGGAGGUGGUCCGCAUGGGGGUCCUGGCCUCCUAACUCACCCCUGCCUCCGUUCUGGGCCUGCCCUGGUCCCCCACAAGGCCUCAGCCCAGUCACAACUGCCAUUUCCGAUCUCUGCCGAGUGUCCCAGACCCUCAAGGCUACCACUCUGUGGUGGUUUUAUUUUUAAUAGAGAGAGAGUUCGAAUUCCACACUGUUGUCUUUCCUCCGUGCUGGCCUAGGAUGUUAGGGUUCCUUCUACAGCUCUGGCCGCAAGGACAGUGCCUGGUCCUCUAUGCUGCCCCUGUCGUGACCUAUGCGGCAUUGCUGGGCUUCUGGCUAGAUGUAGGCAAGGUGAAGAAGAGCUCAGGACUCCUGCCCACUGCCGCUGGGUGACACAGACUGUUUGGGCAUUAUUCCGGGGCCUGUCCUGCCCGCCUUGCCCCCUGUCCCACUUGGGCCCCGUUGCAGGGUGGGGGUCCUGCUGCACUCCACUGAUCCCCAAGAAAGUCUGAUAAGCGACACCCAGCCAGAGUCUACUCACUGUCACAAGCACAACGAGUUUCUAGGAGAAAGUACUGAGGGGCAGGGGCCCCCCGGUUCCUGACCAACCCCUGCCAUCUGAGGCCUGCCCGCCACCCUGUCGCCUCCUCUCCCUUGCUGCUCUGCCCCUGCCAGUGCCCAGCCCAGCGGCUCUGGGAAGGGGUUCCCAGAACCUUCCUGAGCUGUGCUGUUUACUCAGGGGACUCCCACACAGCCAGCCACCGUGCAGGUGGAGGGCUCGGGGAGGGCCAGUGCCUGGCCGCCCACCGUGAGGAGCCAGAGCCACCCUGCGGAGAAUCAGUCUGGGGCUCCGACUUCCUUACUCCGGGGCCGUCAGGGCUGAAGUCUGGUCACUCCCACAAAGCUGGCCAGACCAGACCGUUUGCCUUUUCAAGUUCCUAGUCCUGCUAAGAGAUGAGCUUCCUUGGUUUCCUUUGGGAAACACCUCCUUCCAACAAGCAGUGGGAUCCCGGGGCCCGGGACAGGCCGGUGUUGGCCUGCUGGGGCUGGUUGAAGUCUUGCUGGAUGUUCCUGUGUCCCUCUGUCCCUUAGAGCCUUAACCCCUUCUCCCCGCCCCGUCCUCCCCCUGCCCCUCCGCCCCACCUCUAGGUCCUAGGUAAUUGCUUUGAAGAGUUUCAGUGGAGUGGCCCCAGGGUGAUAGCUCAGGGAACAAACGAAAAAGGAAUUCCGUGAAAACAUUGUUUGUUUUUCUUUUACGAAUUACUCCUGGGUCACUUCCACCACUGGUAAAGCCAGAACUUCUCCAACAAGAACCUUGCAAAAGUCCAGUGAAUCAGUCGAAUCAUUCAAUGGAUGCCAAAGAAUAUUUUGAUCCUAAUACAGCAGCACAGCCUGGACCUGACAACUUGUCACUUGGACUUUUUUUAAAAUGGAGUUCUUUAGCAACAGUACAGAAACACUCAUUGUGCACACCCUCGGAGGAGAGCCCAGGUCUUGAGGAGGAGGAGGAGGAGGAGGAGGAGGCCUCGCUGCUGCUGCUAUUGUUGCCCAGUUCCCGGGUGCUGGCUUUCAGACCCUGGGCUGGGCCACUGUGAGCAACCCUGUCCACUCCGAGACUCCAGGGGACAUCCCGACCGAAACCAGCCUGGAAAGCGUCUUUCCCUUGUGGUUCCCCCGUGCAGAUCACACCAAGAGCAGAUCCACCCCCAGCUCCAACACUUACCAAGGUACGACAAUGGCAUGGUCAUCGACGGCUCGGUUUCAUGUGAAUUUUAGCAAAACCAGAAUCCAAGAUGAUGACUUCAGUUCAGAGGAUUGGGAAUGUUUGGUCUGAGCGUACUCCAGGAGUGAGGUCCCUCGAGGAUCCUGGGCGUGGGGUGGCGUGAGCUACUGCGUAGACUUAGGCUGCCUGCCCUCCUCGGUGACAGUGCGGUGUCAGCGUCAGCGUCCCAGCCCGUGCGUUCGCUGGCUUUGAGCAGGCCUUCCUUCCCUGUGCCUGGCUCACCUCGGGUGACACGCUCCUCCGUGCUGGAUUGCCCGGGCCGGCCCUGCAGCCAGCAAAGGGGUGCGCUUAAAGAACAACUAAACCCUGCUGGGGUGGGGCGCUGGCGAGCCGCAGGGUCCACCUGUCUCAGUGCCCACCCGUGACCCCUUGGCUCCAUCCUGGGGCAGGGGCCGGGCUGUGUGAGUGGAAACUGGGCCAGGAGGCCAGAUGGCGUGGCUGCCAGUCUUCAGAAAGCCGCUGCUCGUGUCGGCCAGUUGGUUCUGGCUCUUCUCCAUUGCUUACGGCUUUGGACUGGACUGUCCCCGGGGCCGGUGUCUCGCAGGGCCCCGGUGUCUUACUGGCUGGCAGGUGGCCCUUCCACCCCAGGCCAGGCCCUCGCCAGUCUUCACCCGGUAGCUGUCUCCACUUCCCUGGUGUCCAGCAGACCACGGGAGGACAGGCUGCCGGUCUCCUCCAUCCCACCCUACAGCCCUGGCUCUUCUUCCGGCCCACUGUCUGCAGUGUGGAGGGCAUCGCCACCCUGAGACCCAGGCAGGCUCCUUUUCCUGGCCAGAGCUAGGUCUUGUUCUUGACCGCAACUGCCCAUACUCACUGCCCUCCCCAGGGAGGCGGAAGCUGCUCUGUAACUCAUCUGGCUCAAGUCCCACAUUCUCACUGGUCCUGGCCGCCUCCCUCCUUCCCUCAUCCCAUGACAAAGGGUAAUGUUCGAGGAAAGUAUUUUUAUGUAUUGUAAGUGUAUUUUGAAACAAACAAGAAGGGUAGAAUGCUCGUUUAUUUUAUUAAAUGGGCUCUGACAUUGACAGUGUUAGAGGCCUCAGCUUCCUUGGAGAAGCCACCCAGGUUUCCAGAUGCAGGUGUUGGGCCGUAGUUUGUGCGUGUGCGUGUGCGUGUGUGUGUGUGUGUGAUGUGCGAGGACGGCCUUCUGUGUCCACGCGUGCACAUUUGUUGCGUUGUGUACAAGCAUACUAGGAAUUGCUGGGGCGAUUCCUAGAGAUCCGUCUGCCCGAUUCUAACAGACGUUGGCAGCAGCCGGACUUGGCAUCCCCUGGCUCACUGCCAGCUGUGGCCAGCCUCUGCCCAGACCCAAAGCUCUGCACAAUGGUCUGGAUUCCUGCAGCAAGGCCAUUUCCCACGCCCUCGCCCCGGCUGGUCACAUUGGCCACAGAGCUGGGGCUGGAGCCUAGGACCUUUCUUUCGUUGUUCUUUAAGGCCCCCCUGCUGCCCUUGUCCUCAGACCCUCAGACCUGUGUGCUCCAAAUCACGUUGGGGGGCGGAGGGGGUGAUAUGAAUGUCACAGGAGGAGACACCUUCUGUCUUUGUUUCAAAGAAAGUGAUGUGCCAUUUGUUAAUAUACAAGAGAAAUAUUGAAAAUAUAUUGAAAAGAGCAAUUUUAAAUUAUUUUUGGCUUAUGUUGCAAUAUUUAUUUUCUUGUAUUAGAAAAGAUUCCUUUGUAGAGAAAAAAUGUAUUUUUCAUUACCGCAAAGACCUAUUUCUCCUUUUUGUACAUUGUCCAUGUUCACAACCCUUAACAAGCAAUAGAAUGUACGGUCGCCUCCGUGUGGCCAGUGCCCGCUGUGCCCUGCAUGAUUGUGUUGCCGCUGCUGCAUAGCUCCCAGCCCCUCCUGCCCUGCUCACUCAUGGGGGCUUCCAGACCCCGGGCCGUGCCAGGGCCUGUGUCCUGGGGAGCCCUCCUCACUCCUCCUGUGUUGGCAAACGCAGUUAAUAAAGCAGUGUUUUCUGUGUG